AUGGAGCUCUACAACACCCCGUCACGGCAGCUGGACAAGCUCAUCCAGGAGGAGCUGCAGCCGGACAGCGCCUUCCUGGACCAGCUGAACAGGGCUGUGCACACCAUCUGCGAGUUCCUGCGGGAGACGUGCUUCGCAGGGACACCUCCGCCCCAAACGCGGGUCCUGAAGAUCAUCAAGGGUGGAUCUGCAGGCAAAGGCACAGCCCUUCGAAACACCUCUGAUGCGGACCUCGUGAUAUUUCUGAGCUGCUUCGAGAACUAUAAAGACCAGGAGAAAAACCGGGCUGAGAUCAUCCGUGAGAUCCAGAGGAGGCUGCUGCAGUGCCAGCAGCAGGAGGACUUCGAGGUGGAGUUUGAAGUGAAUCAUUGGCCAAAUCCCCGCGUGCUGAGCUUCCAGCUGAGAUCCAGGAGCCUGCCCCAGUCUGUCGACUUCGACGUGCUGCCGGCCUACGACGCGCUCCACCACCUUGUCCAGGGCUACAGGGCUGACCCCAAGGUCUACAUCCAGCUUUUCAAGCAGUGCACGCGGGGAGGGGAGUUCUCCACCUGCUUCACAGAGCUGCAGCGGAACUUCAUCAUUGGCCGCCCCACCAAGGUGAAGAGUCUGAUCCGCCUGGUGAAGCACUGGUACAAGAAGGGGGUUCUGCGCUCUGGUGAGACCCUACCACCACAGUACGCCCUGGAGCUGCUGGCGAUCCACGCCUGGGAGCACGGCAGUGGGGACACCAAGUUCAGCAUGGCCGAGGCCUUCCGCACCGUGCUGGAGCUGCUCCAGUGCUACAGGCAUCUCUGCAUCUACUGGACUGUCAACUAUGACUUCGAGGACAUGGAGCUGAGCUACUACCUCUCAAGACAGCUGAGCAAAAGCAGGCCUGUGAUCCUCGACCCGGCCGACCCGACCAAUGUGGUGGGUGCGGGGAGCCGCUGGGACCUGGUGGCUGAGGAGGCUGAAAUUUGCUGCAUGCAGCAGUGCUGCUUGUACGGCGACGGAAGGCCUGUGCAGCCCUGGGAUGUGCCG